AUGACCAGUUCAGCGUAUUUCGCCAGCAGCGAGUCGGCGGACUACUGGCCUUAUCAGUCAUCCAUCGGUGAUCGAUCCACCGAACAGGUUAUGUACCCCGAUAGCGCGUAUCAGACGGCGCAUCAGCAGCUGCACUCCGGUUCGGAUUACAAUCAGAGGCCGAGUCAAGAUCUUUCACCCCCUUCGAGUCUACUCGAGACCCUUCUUCGUCACGGCAAAGAGGCAAUCAGCGAUGGUUACGUUAAUUCCGCUGGAAAAUCUGUCGCUUCGCCUCGCGGACAGAGUGGCUCGCAUAUUUCUUGUCAGACUCCGCCGUAUACGCCGACUUCUUCGACAGAUAGAACGUCGCCUAUCGCUGGAUUUUUACCGGAGAGCCAGGAACGAGUUCAGCAACAGGAAACACGGAAUGGAUACUUGCAAGGGUAUCAAGGCUAUCCUGCGCAACCACACUCUAGCAGCUGCGUGACACCCUCGAUGAUGACACCUAGUUCGCCCACGGACUAUGGCGUGCAACAGAGUUACGGUGCUUAUGUGAAUAAUAAUAAUAAUGGCAAGCAGAGCCCUAACGAGGCCAACGAGUUCGCGGACGAGCAGCGGCAGGUGGACUAUCCUUGGAUGAAGUCUUCCCAUUCUAAUGGCGAUGGGAACAGCAGCGGACAGAAGCGUACCCGACAGACCUACACCCGCUUCCAAACUCUCGAGCUGGAGAAAGAGUUCCACUUUAAUCGUUACCUCACUCGAAGACGCCGCAUCGAAAUAGCCCAAGCUCUGUGUCUGACGGAGCGUCAGAUCAAGAUCUGGUUUCAGAACCGUCGAAUGAAGGCGAAGAAGGACGGCAAGCUCGGUUACAACGGUCUGGAAUCAACCUCGGAGGACGUAGUCUCGACUAGCCAAAGUGGAUCACCGAUAGAAGGACUGUUGGCCGCAGGAACCGCUUCGCCGACGAAUACAAUGAUGCACGCGGUGCAUCAGGUCGCUGCGACAACAGUUCAAGCAACUUCCGCCAUGCAAGAUCACCAACGUCUCCACGAGGCUUACCUUCAGUAUCGUCAUCAGCAGCAGGGAAUGUACGACAGUCACGGCUACUUCCAGAAGGAGAAUUACGGUAGCCAGAUGGCGAAGCUCGAUCAUCACGGUGAAUCCUGA